AUGUCCAAAAGCAAAGGGACAGCAGACACUAGUCAACCUGCUGUCGCCGUGGAUUCCUCAAAUAUCAUCAAUGUGACUGUGAAGACUCUCAAGCAUAAGGAGCAGUUUGAGGUUGCUCAGGGUAGCACCAUCCAGGAGUUUAAGGAAGAAGUUGCCAAGCGUUUCAAAACAUCCCCUGAUCUGCUGGUCCUGAUAUUUGCUGGGAAAGUCCUCAAGGAUCAAGAGACUUUGAGCCAGCAUGGAGUUCACAGUGGGGUCAGCAUCCAUGUGGUCAUCAGGUCCCAAAAGAGACCACAAGAUGGCCUGGUGAACCAAGGAAGAGCGACCACCCCGAUGCAAUUUCCCAGCCACAGUAAUUCCAACUUCUUCUACUUGGGAAGUAUAGUUGACCUGCCAAACCCAUGCUUGAUCCAUCAUAACUUCUCUGAGCUGUUGAUCUCCAGCCAGGAAAUAGUGGCCCAGACCAUGGAGAACCUCUUAUCCAGGAUCCUCAGUUCAGGCUUGGAUCUGAACACCAUCAACAACAACACAUUUUUGCUAGGGUUCCUCCUCGGGGUGACCGGUGUACAUCUCCUAGACCUGAACUCAACAGACAUGUUGGACCUGGUGAAUAGCAUUCAAAUAGAAGAAGUGUCCGUGCACAGCUUGAUAAGAGAGAUGAUGCAGAGCACCUUGAGGCAGAACGUCCUUGACAAUGCCAGUCUUGUCGGGGAUCUCAUCAUGUCCAACCCUCAGAUGCAGCAGCUGGCUGAAGAAAAUCCUGAGAUCGGUCAGAUUCUCACCGACCCACAUACUGUCAGAGAGAUAUUAGAGGCCUUCAGCAGCCCUGCCAUAAUGCAGGAGAUGAUAAGGAACCGUGACGUGGCCAUGAACAACCUCGAAAGCAUCCCUGGUGGGUACAGAGCUCUGGAGCAGCUCUACAGGGAAAUUGAGGAGCCCAUCUUGGAUGCUGUGCAGGCUCAUCUGGGCAACAACCCGUUUGCUUGCUCGGGCAGUAGCUCACCCCUGAGUGGAGCCAGGCUACCACCCCAUACCGAAAACCGGAGGCCAUUGCCCAACCCUUGGGCUCCACAGUCCACCAGAGUUCAUGAUAAUGCAGAUGACUAUGACUGCCAAUUUUCCAGCAGCAGUGCAAGUGACAGUUUUGCCUCGCUGAAUUUGGGUCCUACAACAGGUGCCGUGGUACCCAACUCAGGAGAGGUUCAGAGGAUGGUUGAGCAGCUGACAGGAAACCCAGAACUCAUGCAGAACCUGGAGAGCGCGUUAACAAACCCCAACAGCCCAGCACAAAUGCUGCUGCAUCACACUCACCUAUCAAGCGAUGGAAGUUCUCCACCUGAAGAUCAAUGGGGACAGCAGCUGCCACUGGAGAUGGAGAACUCAGAGAUUUCAUCCUUGCUGAGGAACCCCAGAGCACUGCAGGCGUUGCUACAGAUCCAUCUGGGAUUACAGACCCUCUCAGUAGAGGUACCAGAGUUCAUACUCAGUCUGGAGGACUCGCGUAUGGAGCUGGGUCUGGAGAGCAUGGACGACUCGGAACAAAGCAGUGAGGCUGAGGACAGUGUCCCUUUGGUGUCAGAGGAGGAUGAAGCAGAAGGUCAGACGGAGGUGGAUGAGGAGGCACCACAGAUCAGAUUUAAGAGACAAAUGGAGGAGCUCACUGCCAUGGGCUUCCAGGACCAAAGUGCCAACCUGCGGGCGCUGGUGGCUGCGGGAGGAGACGUCCGUGCAGCAGCCGAGACCCUGGCAAAAGCACCAGCACCAACGGAGAUGCCCUAA